UAGAAAAUUAUAAAAUUAAGACAAAACCAAGCUAAAUCUUUUAGAAUUUUUUAAAUAAUGAUACCUUCUACAUAUAGAAAGUCAAGUUGUUAUAAAAAUAAAAUAUAUUUUACCUGUAUUUCUCCAACCUGUCUCGGGAGAGGUUACACAGUAAAUAACCUAUUUACUAAAACAGCAGCAUGCAACGAUAUUUGCAAAUAUUUGAGUGGAAGAAGAGGAAUAUCAUUGGGAAGAAAUGUAGAUAAUGUGACUUCUGUGAAUAUUCAUGAACAAGAAGAUGGAAGUGCUGUGGGAAUUUCUGGGAUCCUUGAAGAAGGUCCGGAGUCGAUAUCCUCGAUGAUCAAUCCUAUUCAAGAAGAUGCUAAUUUUGUAUCAUUGGGAAGAAAUGUAGAUAAUGUGACUUCUUUGAAUAUUCAUGAACAAGAAGAUGGAAGUGCUGUGGGGAUUUCUGGGAUCCUUGAAGAAGGUCCGGAGUCGAUAUUCUCGAUGAUCAAUCCUAUUCAAGAAGAUGCUGAUUUUGAAUCGAUGGGUAGAAAUGAAGAGAUUGUGACUUCUGUGAUUAAUCAUGAACAAGAAGAUGGAGGUGCUGUGGGGAUUUCUGGGAUCCUUGAAGAAGGUCCGGACAUGUUUUACCAUUUUUGGACGAAAGUUUUAUAGAUGAAGAAGUUGUAA